AUGAACGACUUUUCCGACGACUCGGUGGUCAAGAUCUACCUCAAUCGGCGGAGACCGGGCAGUGUCCAAGCUGGCAAAGGACUGGCAGACGGGUCUAGCGAGCUGGGAAGCUAUUCCAGUCAGCUCUCGACGGUACUGGAAAGCUCGCCCGGCUCGAAUCGCCGUUCGGGCGUCUGGUCGAAUGACGACUCGCAUGCCGGCCAUCUCCCUCCCUCCCCUCCAUCCCAAUCUAUGCGGUACAAUCCCUCUCUGACGAUCAAUACCAAAACAGAGGCGUCGCCAGAACGGUUCUCAUCCCCCUCUGCCCGCUUCACCGUACAGAUUCUUCUUCACCCCUCGGAUCUCCCGGACGGGUCGGUGUUCGAUCCUGUCAAUGACGCGAUCAUCUCGCGCUCGGUACUGCGGGAUAGACUCCAGGCGGGGCAUCCGAGCCAGGGGUCCAGGGAUCUGCCGCAAGAUAAGCGGAGGAGACUGUUCAUGCUUCCGAGGAAUGCGACGGUCGUGGAAGCGAUUGAGCAGGGGUUGGAGCGCUUUGGGAUACAGGGAGGAGUGGUAGAUGGGGGAGAUGAUGUGGAGGAGCGAGGAGGGAAGAGGUCGGGAAUCAAGUUCCGAUACAGUCUGGUAGCUGUAACAAGGGGACAAGGACCAGAACUGACUUUUGCAGAGCGGGAACUUCCGCCUUCCAGCAAACUCCUCGACUCCUACUCUGUCCCACCGACACUCAAGCCUGUCGAGCGCACAACUCCCGAGCAACGACGUCGGUCUCGCGAAUGGAGCUACAACGCCGGCCAAGCGUCCGAUAUCCUCCCUUCCGACCCCAUCUUCAUCCUCCGCCGUUCAGGCAGUCGACAUCCCUCCAAAGACUCCUCCCGCGCCAUCCUGCAGCAACAGCAACAACAGUCCCUCGGUAUUGAGGGGAACUCGAUCGCGUCUUCCUCGACCCGUCCCGAUCUCCGGAACGGCGCCAUGUCGCCCCAAGAAAUCAUUGCUGCUCAGCGUGCGGCAUCACGGGCGACCCAAAAAGCGCUCAUCUCGGCGCACACCAAUAAGUCGGAAGGGAUCGACGUUGUCCUUCCCAACCGAGGGACAUUACGGUCGAGCAGGUUGCUCGAGCCGACGGGGGACGAGGUGGUCCGCUAUAGCUUCAUUGACGAUGAUGGGGAGACGUACGAUAUCUCGGAGCUCCUGGAGGAGGAGUGGGGAGUAGACGGGACGCAGAGCUCGCCGCACAUCCCGCAAGCGGCACCGGCGCCAAUGGGCAACUCUCUCCGGCCUCCUGGACCGUACAGGCAAGGAACGGACCAGAGCGUCUACGUCACUGCGCCAAGUACGCCCGAGCCGGGUAUGUCUCGGCAGAUUGGGGUGCCUGCUCGCCCACCGCUCGAUCGGCGAGGGAGCGGGAGUACGGAUAUCCUCCGCGGGGUGGUAGAGCGGUCGGCUGGGAAGCCGGAGGAGAAGCUAGAAGAAAAGAUAGCGAGGGUGAUUGAGAAGGUGAAGACCACCAAGGCUAUCCCGACCACCCCCGGACCGCCCGUCCCUAUCGCUAUCACGCAAUCGUCCCCUAUCCCGAGCGGGCGGACUACCCCUUCCAGCUCUGCGCCCGGCUCCGCCCACGUAUCGAGCCGCGCCCUCUCUCCUUUACUGGAAGGGCAGCAGUCGGCGAGUCCGUCCAGCGUCAACUCGCGCAGUAAUUCUCGGCAAGGCUCAGGCAGUCUGCAAAACACCGCAGCGAGUGUCAACCGGAUUAUCUCGCGGCAUCGCCAACAACCGUCUAUUGCUAGUAUCAUGUCGGACAUCUCUGGACCUGGCGCCAAUGAGCACGGCGAGGAUGAUGGGGAAGGAAGGGACCGAGAUAGGGACAGAGAUGGCAACACCACCCCCGCAACCGCCACUUCAUCUUCCCAUCCCACUCCACCCCUCGGGACCUCCAUUUUCAUGCGCGCGGUCAACUCGACGAGUCCCACGCCUAGGCAACCCGUGCGAUACACGGAUGACUUUGGGAUGAAGACGCUCAUGGGUCUCGUCGAGGCCCGCGCGAGGGAGAUGCGACCCAAAGCCAAAAAGGAGAGGAAGGCGGUGGGCGCGGCAGCGGGGCCAGAGGAGGAGGUGACCAGGCUGUUAUGGGGCGAGAAGAUGGGGAGGGAGGAGACGGAGGAGAUGGCUCCUGAGAUCAGGUCGUGUCUGGGGAGGGCCCAAUCGAGGCUGGACGCAUGGGAUGCCGAGCUGGAUGGGCUGCUAGCGAGUCUAGGGGGAAGGAUGAGAUGA